GCAGGCUUUCCCUACUGUUCGGAAUGAAAAGAUCUCGCGAUGUCACAAUCGAGGAAGACGUAGAGUUCGACGCUCUUAUAAGCAACAAGGACCUACUAAAGGGUGUUAAAGCUUCUGGAUAUGAACGCCCUUCACCAAUACAGUUGAAGGCCAUUCCGCUGGGCCGACUCGGUGUUGAUCUCAUUGCGCAGGCGAAAUCAGGUACCGGCAAAACCGUCGUUUUCGGUAGCAUAGCACUUGAAGGAAUUGAUCUUUCAGUACUAGAUCCUCAGGUUCUAAUUGUGGCUCCGACGCGAGAAAUAGCCGUCCAAAUAACUGAAGUCCUUCGAGUCCUAGGAGCUUAUAUGCCCAAGUUCCAGUGCCAAGUGUUCAUCGGAGGGCUAUCUGUUAGAAGCGACGCUGGUAAAUUAAGUCGUUGUCAUGUAGCUGUUGGAACUCCAGGACGAAUUAUGGCACUGAUACAGCAAAACAAAUUGCGAAUGUCAAAAAUAAAGCUCGCUGUUCUGGAUGAAGCUGACAAAAUGAUCGGUGGAGAUUUCUAUGCACAAACGAAGUACAUUCUCGAUAAAUUACCAGCGCAGAAGCAAGUUAUAGCUUUCUCAGCAACAUUUGACGACGCUUUAUACGAUCUCCUCUCAAAAUACAUGAAUAACCCACAAAAAGUCGUGCUCACAACAGAUGCACCAGUACUGGAAGGUGUUCAACAAUAUAACGUUCCCGUGACGAUCGAUGAGGUUGAUUCAGCAUUGCUGCAGAUUCAUUUGUACGAACAAAAAUUCAAGGCUGCUGUAGAUUUACUGGAAAAAAUUCCAUUUUACCAGUGCAUUGUAUUUCUGAAUCAUCGAGGAAGGGCAGUUGACUUGACGCAAUUUUUGAAUACUAAUGGAUGGAAAUCAUGCCAUAUAAGCUCGGGGAUCAGCCAACAACAAAGACUCGAGGUGAUGCAAAAAGCUCGGAAAUUUAGGAUACGAGUGUUGAUCUGUAGCGAUUUGAUUGCACGAGGUAUUGAUAUCGACCGUGUUAACCUCGUCAUCAACCUCGAUUUUCCAAAGGAUGUAGAAACGUACCUGCAUCGAGUGGGUCGCACGGGUCGUUUCGGUAAUAGACUCACGUAUUGCACACCAAGUUUGGCUCACUUCUCUCACAUCUUGUAUUCUUAGGAACCUCUGGCAUUGCUGUGAAUGUAACUAGCCCACAUGAUAGUGCGUUCAUGGAAAAACUUGAAGAAAAUGGAGUCCAUGUUGAACCUCUACCAGAUAACCUAAGCCUUGGUGCUUUUACAAA